CAGUUUCGUUCUUCUCGUCCGCCAAAGAAGACAGACUUCUGUGGCAACCCCGGACAAUAGCGCACAAUGGCGUCGCAGUGGAACAGCGCCGGCACAUGGGAGGAACGCGACGUCAGCAAGUGGGCGACGGAGCAGCUGACGAAGCUCCUCGAGCCCCUCAGCGUGGACGCCGCCCCGGUUCAAGCCCAAGUGACAAAGGUGAAGUGCAAUGGGGAGGCGCGAAAGCUCAUCGUCCGCGGCAAGCCGCGCGUCGGCUUUGAGUACGAACUCGAACUCAAGUUCAAAGGUGCGGUUCAGGUGGAGGUUCGCAAGGGCAGCGCGCGCCCGUCGCAAUUGGAGGCGCCGUUUCAAAGCGCGCUCGCAUCGGCGCUGUCCACGUUUUACGAAGACCUCAAGGCCCUAUAGCAGCAGCGCAGCAGUUGCCAACCUGCGUGUGCAUGUUGUGUGUAUCGUGUGUUUGCGUGUGUGUAUUGUGUACUGUGAAUAUGUGCGCAUGCCGCGUCGUGUGUGCAUGUGAUGUGUGUGGAUGCAUGUGACUUCCUCUUAUGUCGUCUGUGUCUGUACACCUGUUCCUCCCCCCUCCUCCUCUUUGCCUUGUCUGUACUGCCUUGCUUGUUGCUACGCUUUGCUUUGUAUGCUUUGCCUUGUUUGCUGAUUGGUUGUGUUGAUGGUUUCUAGUUUGUCGUCACACCACGCCCACUUGCAUGAAGAAAUUAUACGAGCCAUUUCAGA